AUGACGGUCCAAAGGUACUAUUUGUUAGGGGGUGCUUUGUUCUUUUUUUUUGUUUACUGUUUGGUUCGCCCUGGGUCUUUGCGUCGUCUUGCUUUUGCUUCUGGUAUCGGUUUUGCUUUGGGAUACGGUUUGCCAGCUCUAAACAACGUGCGAAAGCAUUCAUUUAAGGCCAUAAAUGAACCAAUCCAUUUGCUCACACCACCGGCAGACUUCCGUAGCAUGUAUCAUCGAAUUUUUGAGCAUAUUUCAGAGCGUUAUGACGAACUUGGCCAAAUGGAAAUUGGGGAGGAACAUAUUACAGUCAUGCAGAAUGUUUUUGCUCAGAUAGGGACUCUCGAUUUUGAUGGUAUUAGAAAAAUGUGGACUUCAGUGAUUAUACCUCAACUGCGCAGCUCCAUAAGUGGUGGCGCUCUUGUUAAUGAUAGUCAGAAUCUGCCUACAAAAAUUGAGGAAAGCGUCGUUUUUUGCGAUAUUGGAAGUGGCGUAGGAAACGUUUGUCUUCAAAUUUUGGCCGAGACCCAUUGCAAAAAAGUGGUGGGAGUCGAGGUGAUUCCUUCCAGGUUCCGCAAUGCAAAAACUGCACUGGCAAAUGCCAAGCUUUAUUAUCCAGAAUAUUUUGAUGGUAAAGAAGAAAUUUUUUUCAAUGAUGAUUUUG